UCCACAGCCGUGCCCUUGCUCGCUCUCUGGCCGGCUAGCUGCCUCUCGCUUUGUACGUACGCGCGUACGUCGUCAGAUGGCCUCGACGACGGCCGACGACGCGGCGGCGGGGCGGCGCAAGGCGGGCACGCCUCCGGCCCUGCCGCCGCCCCCGGCGGAGCAGGCGGUGAGGUGCCCGCGCUGCGACUCGCCCAACACCAAGUUCUGCUACUACAACAACUACAGCCUCUCGCAGCCGCGCCACUUCUGCAAGACCUGCCGCCGGUACUGGACCAAGGGCGGCGCGCUCCGCAGCGUCCCCGUCGGCGGCGGCUGCCGCAAGAACAAGCGCUCCCGCUCCGGCUCCUCCGCCUCCGCCUCCCGCGGCCUCUCGCUCACCACGCCGGCCGGGGGCGCCGCCGACCAGGACCAGCACGCCGCGAGGAUGGGCGUGAGCGGGUUCCCUUGCGGCGGCGGCGGCGGCGACUUCCGCGGCGUGGUCGGCAUGCUGCCGGUGCUCCACUCCCCGGCCGUCGUCGGCCAGUACGUGCCGUUCGGGGACUGGUCCUCGGGGGAAACCAACGGCGGGGGCGCGGCAGGCCGCGCGACGAACGGGUCGGCGGGGGCCGGGAACGGGGCGGCGAGCAGCGCCAUCGCGUCGUCCAUCGAGUCGCUCAGCUUCAUCAACCAGGACCUCCACUGGAAGCUGCAGCAGCAGCGGGUCGCCACCAUGUUCCUCGGCCCGCCUAGCUCCUCCUCCUCCUCCCACCCCCACGCCGUCGGUGGUGGCAGCAAUGGCAUGCCAGCCGCCGCGCAGUUCGGAGGAGGCGGCACCUUCCUGCAGAUGGCGGGGCUAUCCGGCUGCAUGGAGACGCUGCCGGCGGCCACGACGUGGUUCAUGGACAACUCCUACGCGCUGCCUUCCCCGCCCCGACCCACUGCCGGUAUGGGCGCCACCAGUAGCAACAUCAACAGCGGCCGGAGUAGCGGUGGCGGCGGGGAUGAUAACGCCACGUCGGACAACAACAACAAUUGCGGCGGCUCGAUCCCGUCAUGGGGUGACAUUUCGACGUUCGCAAUGCUGCCGUAGAAACUUCAACUUCCAUGCGGAUUCCGAAGGAAUCGAGCUUGUUGCUAGGGAGGCUAAUUUAUCCCUGUUAUUAAUUCAUUAGCGGAUGGUUUGUCUCUAACUGGGUUGAGAUAUACGAAGUGUAUUAAUUUUAGUUCUUAUUAUGAAGUGAUAUAGUGCCUGUCAGUUGUCACAGAACCCUAAUCAGCAAUCCAUGUAUCAUGUAAUUUUCUUUACCGUUUGUCUAUUUAUCUUGUUUCAUUUUCA